AUGGACGACCACCCCAUUGCACACGCAGACGACAGCAGAUCGUCAACCGCCACUUUAGAUCACAUAGCACACCAUGAAACCGAAACCCCUCAGGAUGGAGGGCUCAACCACAUCGACGUUCGAUCAGACCUAUCCUGGCUACAUAGCAGCUGUUGGAAGUUCCAGUCCAUCGACGGUGAUCGCCGCGCAGCUGCUCACGGCUUCGUUGUACCUGAGGAGCUGUUGCUCGUGACAGAUAACAGCAAUGAGAGACAUGACGAUAUCAAGAUCGUUUGGACGGGAAUAGCGGGUGACCCUGGCUCGAGAAGUGCUAUAGUCGGCACAGCGUCCCAGCACCUGCAGACCAUCUACGAAUUACGCAGUUUACUGGGUCUUCCAAUGUCAUUCCGAGGGAAGGUACCAUCAUACCCUGACAACGCUGACAUACGCGUAAAGCAGUACUGGGAGAGAAAGCAUGGAUUACAAUCGCUGGUUCGCGCUGUUCAAGCUCAAUCAGUAGGCCAGCAGGAACUGCCGCCUACAACGCCCGACCCUAGUUUGACGACCCAAGAAGCUUCUGAUUCUACGGCUAGGGAAACUUACAGCCUAGAGGAAACACAGCCUGCACGCACAUAUCAAUUGCCUGAACGAAUUGCAACUUCCGAUAAUCAUGACGAGGUAGCUCAGCCGCAAGAAUCAUCGACAAGUGCGACGUUUUCAGGAUCAACAUCUCAUGCAACAGACACGUGGUCUCCCAGCGACCUAGAGAAUAUAGCCAAAUUGCCAUGCAUAGAUUGCGGAGACAAUGGUGGCCAUGCGAGUGACUGCAAUAUUGGCAAUCUCAAAUUCAAGGAGCAUCUUACGAUGAUUGAUUAUCGUGUUUUGGCGGAUAUUGUUGAGCAAUUCGAUCCUGGUCCAUGGACAACACACUUUAAUCUAAACCGAGAACGUGAGCCUGAAGAUCCUUUGGUUCAGAUAGCUGGUCUGGCAGAAGUCAUAAGAAAUGAGGAUAGCUACAAGAACGAUCCGGAAUUACAUGGUCUACCAGACGUCCAUAUGAUUAUCCUAUGGGCAUUCAAAACUCUCGAUGGCGUUGAAGUAUUGAGUGUGUAA